AUGACAAAAGAAGCAAAAGAGGCCAUUUUGCAGAAAGUUCUAAUACCCGAAAACUUUAAACUAGCGAAAGCUCCUAAGCUUAAUCAAGAAAUAUCUGCUGUUCUUAGUGACACCGUCCGGAAUAGGGACAAGCUUUUAGAAAAAGCUCAAAAUUAUCUUGGACUCGGAAUAGCGGGUUUAACAACCUUGGCUACAGAUAUUAUCUCGACAGAUUUAGAUAAAGUCAGUAUCCUAAAAAAACUGUCAGAAGUUAGUCAGAUACUGCUCGAUCUCCACUAUGAGGACACCAAAACUAGAAGAAAGCUAGUUACUACAUCACUUGAUAAAAAAUUCUAUGGCAUGGUUGCAGAUGUGAAAAGAGACGAGUUUUUAUUCGGUACUGCAUUAGGGAAACUGGCGAGGCCCACCCCGGAACCAAGCACCAGCAAAGGCACCCAGACAGGGUGGGCCAAAGAACCGUUACCAACCAUAUCAACCACAUCAAUCACAGACGUCACGCAGACAGCCAACAUCAGCGCGAGCAGCUCCCGCAGCGAAAGCGAACUCACGCACUCGCAGGACCUAAAUAAGGACCCCUCACCCAUUAUGGCAACAACUUACCCUGGUGUCGUCAGUAUUAUCAAGCGUGCAUUCUCAAGACAAUCAUUAUCCACAAGAACCUCGGAAAUAAUGAUAUCAUCUUUAGCUCCGAGUUCACUCAAACAGUAUAACUGCGCCUACAAAAAGUGGUGGAAAUUUUGUAAAGACCACAAAUUAGACUUGUUUUGCAGUAACAUACCAAAAAUUCUAGAAUUUUUCACUGAACUAUAUGAUUCCGGCUCGAAUUAUUCCACCUUAAAUACCACACGUUCUGCUCUCGCUGUCAUCCUGGGCAAACAGUUUUCACAAGAUGACAGGAUACUGCGAUUUAUUAAAGGAGUAUACAGAACAAAACCAUGUUUUCCCAAAUACGAAUCAACCUGGGACCCGAACAUAGUUUUGAACCACCUUUCACAAUUCUUUCCUAAUGAAAGUCAAAACCUUGAAAUUCUUACAAAAAAAUUGGUAACUCUGCUCUCAUUGUCAACAGCACAACGGACCCAGACGUUAUCAUUAAUUGAACUAUCAAACGUCAGAAUGUUAGAAUCCAAAAUAGAAAUUUUGAUCGAUAACCUAACCAAGACCUCUGCACCAAACCGUACAAUUCACCCACUCGUCAUACCCUUUUUUCAACAAAGACCCGAAAUAUGCCCGGGAUCUACUAUAGUGGCUUACAUAAACGCCACUAGAGAAUAUAGGGAACUUACGCAUACUAAUAAGUUGAUCUUGACAAUUAAAAAACCUUACCACAACGCCAGCUCAUCGACCAUAGGUCGAUGGAUUAAAAAUGUCCUCUCAGAUAGCGGCGUGGAUACCAGUAUAUUUGGUGCGCAUAGUACGCGACAUGCAUCCACGUCCGCUGCUAGUCGAAAAGGCGCUUCAAUCGACAGCAUAAAACGAGCUGCGGGGUGGACGGGUAAUUCAUUGAUUUUCGCCAAAUUUUAUAAUCGCCCUAUAGCGACAGAUUCUGCCACUGAUUUUGCUAAUGUGGUAUUUAAUUAA